GGCGGCCGUUGGUGGCGCGAGGCGCUCCCGUGACGCGCGCGCAGGGAGGGCGGGGGGAGGAGGAGGAGGAGGAGGAGGAGGAAGGCUGGCGGCCGUUACCGGGGGCAGCCGCCAUGUGAAGCCCCGGCCGGCGACACAGCGCGGCUGGGAGGCGGCGGAAGGUUAUGUAACAGAUUACAACAAAUAUGAGAAGAAUAGAACGAGGUUCAUCAUGAUCUUCCUGUGUUUGAGGAGAUCGUGAAACGUCCUACUGAAGUGUGUCUUUUCAAGAAGCUUCAGUAUGAGGCGGGGUGGAUGGAGGAAACGGGCUGCUGAUGGCGAUGGCUGGGGAAUAUGGGGAGGAUACAUGUCGGCAAAGGUUAAGAAAUUGGAGGAUCAAUUCCGGUCAGAUUCAGCCAUAGAGCACCAGAGGGAUGGAAAUUCAUCAAGUAUCUUUAGUGGAGUCGCCAUCUAUGUCAAUGGCUUUACAGAUCCCUCAGCUGAUGAAUUAAGACGGCUAAUGAUGUUGCAUGGAGGCCAAUACCAUGUAUAUUAUUCCAGAUCAAAAACAACGCACAUCAUUGCCACCAAUCUUCCAAAUGCCAAAAUAAAAGAACUGAAAGGAGAAAAAGUAGUUCGCCCAGAGUGGAUCAUGGAAAGCAUAAAAGCUGGACGUCUCCUCUCGCACAUUCCGUAUCAGCUUUACACCAAGCAGUCAAGUGUUCAAAAAGGUCUCAGUUUUAAUAGCAUAUGCAAACCUGAAGAUGCCAUGCCAGGUCCAAGCAAUAUAGCUAAAGAUCUCAACAGGGUAAAUCAUAUUAAAAAGUGUGAGAUGGAAAGUGAGAUCACACCCAAUGGAACAAGUAGCUGGAAUGAAGAAGAGGAAGAAGAAGAUGGUGGUUUGGCAUUUACAGAGCUGGAGCAGAUCCUUCCUGGAAGGAAACAGAAUGGCAUUCAGUCUCAGAAGGACAGCACUGCCAUUUUUAACGGACACACACACAACACUUGUACCAGUGCCUUAAAAACGCAGGAUUGCUCGGUGCCCUCCAGCAACAGCGUUGCAAGUAGGUUCUCUCCAGGCCCUGUGCAGGAGGAGGACAAGACUGAAAAAGGCAUGGUUGACUUUAGAGACUGCACAAUGCAGCAGUUGCAGCAAAGCAACAAAAAUACAGACUUUUCGUGGAAUACACAUAGGACUAUGAGUAAUUCAUCCUCAUCUUCAUCUUUGCACAGUAAUACUAAAAUAAAUGGUGCUCACCACUCCACUGUUCAGGGGCCUUCAAGCACAAAAAGCACUUCUGUACCUAAUCCUAGCAAGGCAGCUUCCUUACCUGUGUCCAAACCUUCAGAUUGUAAUUUCAUUUCUGACUUUUAUUCGCGUUCAAGACUACAUCAUAUAUCAACAUGGAAGAGUGAAUUGACUGAGUUUGUCAACAGCCUGCAGAGAAAAAACAGCGGUGUCUUUCCAGGAAGGGAAAAAUUAAAAAAAUGGAAAGCAGGCAGGUCUGCACUUAAAACUGACACAGGUAAUGUGUCUGUUGCAAGCUCAGCCAAGCCGCAGAGCUGUAUAAUGCACGUGGAUAUGGAUUGCUUCUUUGUGUCUGUGGCUACCCGAAAUAGACCCGAUCUCAAAGGAAAGCCAGUAGCUGUUACUAGCAACAGAGGGGCCGGAAAGGCACCGCUGCGCCCUGGUGCAAACCCCCAGCUUGAAAGGCAAUAUUACCAGAAUAAGCUAUUGAAUGGCAAAGCAGCAGAAAUUAGAGUACCUGAUAAGCUGGACUCAUCGUUUUGGGAGCAUCCGGAUUCCACGCACAUGAAUGGAGGUGACUUCAAUCAGACAGUUCUGUCCAUGGCUGAAAUUGCUUCUUGUAGUUACGAAGCCAGACAAGUUGGCAUAAAGAAUGGAAUGUUUUUUGGCCAAGCAAAAAAGUUAUGUCCAAAUCUUCAAGCAGUUUCAUAUGAUUUUGAUGCAUACAAAGAAGUUGCACAGACCGUGUAUGAAAUACUAGCAAGCUAUACUCAUAACAUCGAAGCAGUCAGUUGUGAUGAAGCACUAGUAGAUAUCACUGAAAUCCUUACAGAGACCAGAUUGACUCCUGAUGAGUUUGCAAAUGCUAUCCGCACCGAAAUCAAAGCCCAAACUAAAUGCACUGCUUCUGUUGGGAUGGGUUCGAAUAUUCUGCUGGCCAGAAUGGCAACUCGUAAAGCAAAACCAGAUGGACAGUAUCACUUAAAACCAGAAGAAGUGGAUGAUUUUAUCAGAGGUCAACUUGUUACCAGUCUUCCAGGAGUUGGCAGGACAAUGGAAUCUAAGCUGGCUUCUUUGGGAAUUAGAACCUGUGGAGAUCUGCAAUGUGCUUCAAUGUCAAAACUGCAAAAAGAAUUUGGUCCGAAAACAGGACAAAUGCUCUACAGGUUUUGUCGUGGUUUAGAUGAUCGACCUGUUCGCACAGAAAAAGAAAGAAAAUCUGUUUCAGCAGAAAUCAACUAUGGAAUAAGGUUUACACAGCCCAAGGAAGCAGAGGCUUUCCUUCUGAGCCUCUCAGAAGAAAUCCAACGUAGACUUGAAGCUGCUGGUAUGAAGGGUAAACGAUUGACCCUUAAGAUUAUGGUCAGAAAGGCUGGGGCACCAGUGGAGCCUGCAAAAUAUGGAGGUCAUGGAAUCUGUGAUAAUAUUGCCAGAACUGUGACUCUAGACCAUGCAACAGACAGUGCAAAAAUAAUCGGAAAAGAAACUCUAAACAUGUUUCACACAAUGAAACUGAACAUAUCUGAUAUGCGAGGGGUUGGAAUUCAGGUACAGCAGUUAGUUCCCAUCAGUAAAACCACUUCGGCUCAUUCAGCUGUACAGGCUGGACACUUACCUGGUGGAUCGCAUUCAGUUAUUGAUCUUUUUCAUGUUCAGAAAGCAAAAAAGUGCUCAGAAGAAGAACAUAAGGAAGUAUUUGUUGCUGCUAUGGACCUUGAAAUAUCUUCUGAUUCAAGAACUUGCACUUUUCUUCCGUCUCGUGGUACACAUCUCACAUCUGGUCUCAAUUCUAAUGUUAACAAGACUGAGUCUGCUGUCAAAUGCAAUGGCUUGCAUACUCCUAUCAGCGUAAAAUCCAGGCUUAAUUUGAGUAUUGAGGUUCCUUCCGCUUCCCAGCUAGACAAGUCUGUGCUAGAAGCUCUGCCACCUGAUCUCCGAGAACAAGUAGAACAAAUAUACACUAUUCAGCAAGGAGAGACUUACGGAGAGAGCAAAAAAGAGCCAAUAAAUGGCUGUAGCACUGCACUUCUCUCACAACCAGUUGGAACAGUGCUUUUACAAGUACCAGAGCUCCAAGAACCAAAUGCCAAUACGGGAAUUAAUGUAAUUGCCUUGCCAGCUUUCUCACAGGUGGACCCUGAGGUUUUUGCUGCGCUACCUGCUGAGUUGCAAGCAGAACUGAGAGAUGCAUACGAUCAAAGGCAAAAGCAACCCGAGCAGCAACCUGCUAAUACUUCUGUAUCCAAAAAUCCUUGCCUACACCCGAAGCAUGCGACAAUGAAAAACAAGAAAAAAAUCAGGAAAAAAAAUCCAGUCAGCCCUGCAAAAAAGAUUCAGAGUCCUUUGAAAAACAAACUCCUGGGUAGCCCUGCAAAAAACAUGCCAGCUACAUCUGGAAGCCCACAGAAGCUAAUAGAUAGCUUUUUGAAACAGGAAGGAACAGCUCCUCAGCAGCCAGAAGCAGUUCCAUCAACUUCGGAUUGUUCAGGCCCGUCAGCUCUGCAGACUGAGCAGCCUGGUUCGUUCAGGCCACAGGCACCCAACCUAGCUGGAGCUGUUGAAUUCAAUGAUGUAAAGACGUUGUUGAAAGAAUGGAUAACAACUAUUUCAGAUCCUAUGGAAGAAGACAUUCUACAGGUUGUAAAGUACUGUACGGAUCUAAUAGAAGAAAAAGAUUUGGAAAAGUUAGAUCUGGUGGUUAAAUACAUGAAAAGGUUAAUGCAAUCAUCUGUGGAAUCAGUUUGGAAUAUGGCAUUUGACUUCAUUCUUGACAAUGUUCAGGUAGUUUUACAACAAACUUACGGAAGCACAUUAAAAGUUAUCUGAACUUGUAGUAAAGAGCUUGAUGAGAGCCUGGAGCUCUCUGCUAGCUGUGCCAUAAGUGCUUGUGAGGUAUUUGCAAAGUGCAUGAUAGUAAUGCCCUGAGUUUUUAUAAUUUCAAAUUUCUUUUUAAACAACAAAGUGUUUUGUACAUUUCUUUUCAGAAAGUGCCAAAUUUGUCAGUAUUGCAUGUAAAUAAUUGUGUUAAAAUUCUUUUAUUGUAGUAUAGAAUCUAUUUACAAAAUGUUUGUUUAUAAAGUUUUAUGGAUUUUUACAGUGAAGUGUUUACAGUUGUUUAAUAAAGAACUGUAUGUAUAUUUU